CCAACCCAGAAACCUCACUAGUGCAGCAACAACAAUGCGAGCCUCAUCACUGGUGGUGGUGGUGGUCCUGACGGCGGUGGCUGUAGAAGAUGUGAAGCCAGAGGAGCUAUCCAAGGUUUUAGUGGUCCCAGAAGUCUCAGAAGUGAAAUCUCCUGCAGGUAACUCCACCGACCGUGAUCGGUUUAUCUUCGGGCAGUACUCGACGACGACUUAUACGAAUGUGGUGAUGGUCACCUCCACAGUGUUCUUCUCCUGUCUGUCUGGGACCUCUGCUGCUGUCUGUACUGGGCGACGCAGGAAGAAGGACUUACGGAGGUUUAUGUCUAUUGAUGAACUUCCUGAAUAUGAUAAAAGAAGUUUUGAUCUGGAGAGCAGCCACGACGAAGACGCGAACCACGAGGAUAAACAGGUAGCUUAUGAAAACCCAGAGAGUGCGUCGGCACAAACCGACACCAAGUUGUUCUUCCAGGUAUGGACCACCACUCGCACCACAACUACCGUCACCUUGCUCUUCACAGACACCAAUACCACCAUCCGUCUCUCCUACUUCUGCCAAGUGGGACAGCAGCAGCUCCCUACCUUCAACUGUGGGGGAGCUUAGUGAGGUGAAUAGGUUGCCAGGAGGGAUCUAUUAAGAACUAACUAUACCUAGAAAGAUUUAGAAAAGUUUAUAAAGGCAUAGCAAAUCUGCUUUAGACUUUGUAAGACCCAAUAAUGCCUGUCUAUGGUCUAGUGUCCCCACCUGGUGACGUCUGACCUGCCCAACUUGAACCUUUGUAGAUAUUGUACAUGAGCAAGUGAGUCCAAACAAAUAUACUUAUAUGAGCUUCUAAA